CACACAACGAUAUUAUCGGUCAUUUGCGAAAACCGACCAUUGGUCAUUGAUACCGGAACGAUAAGAAUAUCGUCCGGUACUGGUCGUCUGUCCGAUAUGCGCGCCGGUAUCGCCGCAUUGGAACGACGUUUUAUCGGAUCGGUGUCAAUACGAAAACCGUCCAUUUAAAACCACACGAUUUUAUUUCGACCGACAGUAUCGAUGGUAUCGGUGAGUGUGAACACGCCCCAAGUCGUGUACCGCUUAUCGAUAGUAGCAAUCGUGGAAAAAAGAUUGUAAAGCGUUACUGGAACGACGAAUAAGAUUAUCCGGAUUAAUGAAAAUUGUGCAUUUUCGGAAUUAUUUUGCGUAUUUCGGUAACGAAUAAUAUUAUUUGAUAGUUAUUAUUCGUCGCCGCCCGUCACUAAUUAGUAAUUGGUCCGCGGUACAUUAGUACGGUGGUGCGUGCCGUCCUGUUUAGAAGUAUUGGAGUACUGGUCGUUUCUUUCAUCUGCGUGUUUAUGUUUGUCUCCUUUUUUUUUUUUUUUUCCGCUCUGAAGUCGAAGGAUUAAUUUAAUUUUCACACUGAAUAUUAUAUAAAUAAUUCACCCAAACCGUACUUUUUUUUAGCCUUACAAGCCAUUUUUAUGCAUGAGGAAUUAGUCAAUUGUUAACCUAUUAAUAAUAUAAAUAUGUGUUCAUACUAUCAGUUAAUGUUCGUACUUUACACUUUGCUAGCGAACGUUUUGACGUUGUAUUUAUUUACCGAUUAUUAUUUAAAUAUAAUUCUGGACAAGUACGUAAAAGAUGAUCACGUUGAAAACAAAUAUUUCGAUCACAUUGUUGGUAAAUAAUAUUAAAUUUUUUUUAUAAAUUAAAUAUGAGUGCUAUAAUUUUAUAAUUAAAUAAAGUAUUAUAACUCAUUUUACAAGUAUAAAAAAUAUUAUGUUUUAUAAAUUAAUGUGCGAGAUAGUUGUUUAGAUUUUAGAGAAAUAAAAAAAAAAAAAAGUUUAUUUAUAUAUACUUAAAUUUUGGCCGCCAUACCACCAUCAUGAAAUAAUCAUGAUUAAACAAUAACGUUAUUUAGCUGUGGAAAUAACGACCAAAUGAGGUACACAGCAGAAAAUUAUAAAAAAAUUAAUCUCAACAAAAACAUGUGUACAUUAAACAAACGAAAACUUAUCAGUUUCUGUAGGAUACUAUGAUUAUCUUGUAGCCAGUGUUUUAAAAUUCUAUAAAUAAUAUUGAUUUUGAAGGUAUAUAAGUAUAAAAUAAUUACUCAAAACCACCUACUUUAUUAAACAAUAUAGUUCUAAAUGAUAAAUAAAAAGUAGAAUUAUAUGAUCAAUUAAUUAAUUAAUUUAGGUACCUAUCCCUAGAAAAAUAUUUUAUAAAUUGCACUUUUUUUACAAAAUUUUACUGACCAACAAAUAUCGUAGUUAUAUAUUUAAAUAUGUAAUAAAAAAGCUUACAAUACGUACUAAAAAAAAAAAAAAAAAAGAAUUUAGUAAUUACUAAUUACAAUGCUGAUGUUGAUUGAAAGAGGUAUUUUUAAAAUUUUAAUUGUAUUUAGAUGGUAGUAGUUAAGUAUAAAAUAUUAGAAUAAAUUUUUUUUUUUUUGUUUAAGUAUAUGUAUAUAAUUUUAAAUUAAUACAUUUUCUAUUUAAAAUUUCUUGGAUACAGGAAUAAAUAGCUUCUAAAAAAUACUUUUGUUUUGUCCAAAUAUACUAUGUGCAUUAGUUGAAAUGAUACCAAACCAGAACAGGGGGCACCAAAAGGUGGAUGUAGAUAAUUUUUUUGGAAAAAGUACUACCAAGAAUAUAAAAUAAGUAGUUAUCAUUAGUUACCUAUACGUAAUUAUGUAACUUAACUCUAGGUUUUUUAUAAUUUCAAAGGCUUCACAAAAACAUUAAUACUUACUUAAUACUGUUAAGGACUGUGUGAUCUAUGUGGAACAAUGGCUAAUACAUAUUGAGACUAUAAGUAACUAGCCUAAAACGUUAAAAUAUUUAUAAAUGUUUUGUUGUUUUUAUUACUUAGCAAAGUUCAAAUUACUAAAGCAAAUGAAAAUCAAAUAAUUUUGACAACACUUUUUAUUCUUAAAUAUAUAUAUAUAUAUAUAUAUAUAGGUAAUUAAAAAUUAUCAAAUAAUACAUGACAAAAUAUUCCAUCUUAUUAAUUGUAAUAAUAGUAUAAAAUAUUUUAAAAUCAUAAUCUUGGGUAUUAAAAUGAAUAUGCUAAAAAAAAAUAUUCAAUUUAAUAUGUUUUAAGUAUGUGUAUAAGUAUUAUUAUGUUAUUUAAUAUAUAUUAUAACUAGGUACCUACUUAUUUUCUUUUUUAUUAGAUAUUUAAAUUUCAUCGAUAUUAAUAAUAAUUACCUAUACAUAUUUAAUCCCGAUCAACAUAUACAAUACGAAUAUUCAAUUCAGAUUUCAAAACAUAAACAACAAAACUGUACUAGUAACUAGUAAUAGGUAAUGUAAUAUAUGGUAUAAACAAUUAUAAAGUUGAUUACUUAUUACUAUUUUCCAAAAAAUAAUAGGAUUUAAUAAUAGAAUUUUUUAAACAUUGAACAAAUAAAAAUGAAUUGUAUUUUAUUUUUAAAUUUUCAUGGGAUACAUGGAAACCUACUGACUAAUUUUGUUAGUAAUACAUCUGUAUUUAAUGAACAUUUUAGUUGGAGGAGGAACAGCAGGCAUUAUUGUAGCUUCACGUUUAGCAGAAAAUAAAGCUCAUCGCGUUUUAUUAAUAGAAGCUGGACCUCAAAUAUCAUUUUUACAUGAUAUACCUAUUAUCACAUCAAUUUUUCAAAAAUCGGUAAUCGAUUGGCAACACCAAACCGAAUCACAAUUCAAUGCAUGUUUCGCAAUGAAAAAUAAUGUAUGGAAUACAAAUUAAUUACCACAUUAAAGAAAUAAUAAAUCUUUAAAUUAUCAUUAUCAUUAAUUUUAAACUGGUCUAAACAAUUUAUGAUUUCUUGUUUCAAGUCUAGUCAAUGGCCUACAGGAAAAGUCUUGGGUGGCAGUAGUCGCAUCAAUUUCAAUAUUCAUUUAAGAGGGCAUAUUUCUACUGAUUAUUUAUCAUGGCAAUCUGGACAUGAAUGGACUAAAGAAGAUGUUCUUUACUAUUUCAAAAAAUAUGAAAACUCUGGUACUUAUAACAUUAAUUAUACAUAUAUUAAAAAAAUAUACAACAGUAGUAAGGCUUACUUGGUAACUUAUCACUAAGCAUUUGAUUUUAUACAAACAAAUGAUAAAAAUCCACAACAUAUAAUAAAAAUAAUAAUAAAAUAUAAAAAUCCUACAACCAGGAUCACCCAAUAAAAAACAAUUCUUCAGUCAUCAACCAGCACACGUGACACCAAUUGCAGCAGCCAUACUUGAAGCUGCUAACGAAUUGGGCUAUAAUACAUCAUUAAAUAUGAACAAUGAUAAUUUUCAAUUAUCUAGACAAGAUGGCGGAAGUUUUUCAUUGACACCAGUGACAAUAAGAGCAGGUGCUAGAUUAAGUGCUGAACAUCUAUAUUUAAAAACAAAAAGAAAAAAAAAUUUAACCAUCCUCACAAAUGCACAAGUUACAAAGGUGAUAUACAAAUACAGUUUUAUUUCAUUAAAGGGCCAUUUGCCAACAGUUUUCAGCUCAAAAAUAUGCCUUACAGGGAAAACUCUCAUACUUUGUAGAUUAGUCUGAUUUAAAUGAUUAUUUUUUGGAUAGAAAAGGAAGACUUACUACAAAUUGCUUUGAACUUUUUUUAGUUUGAACCAUUUUUUGAAAUCAAAUGAAAAAUCUAAGUUUAAUGUGGUUUGUAGAAUGUUUAUCAAUUUAAGUAUAUUUAUGUUGACAAUAUUCCUAGGAAGUCAUUUUCGUCAAAAAAAACUGACCAUACCUCUUCUCCUUAAAUGGGUAUAGGUGGAAAAGUCUUAUCUUUAAGGUGACCAUUAAUAAAAUAUUGAAAAUAAUUUUAAUUACAAAAUUGAAGAAAAUUUGGAAACUGGCACCAGACCUAUAGUUUUAAUAUCAAAUAGUAUUAUUAUCUUUUAAUUAAAGUAGGUGCUGUUUAAAAACAAUUAUGAAGCAAAUGGAGUGGAAUAUAAUAAAUUUAAUCGUGUUUUCAAAGUUUACGCAUUAAAAUCUGUGGUCAUAUCAGCAGGAACAUUGAAUACACCAAAAAUUCUAAUGUUGAGUGGUAUAGGUCCAACACGUAAACUUACACCACUGAAAGUAAACCUUUACUAUAAAACUAUUAAACAUUAGUACGUUUUAAAAAUUUAGUUAUUAAUAUCUGUGUAUAGAUUCCAGUGAUUGCUGAUUUAGAAGUGGGAGAAAACUUACAAGAUCACAUAAUUACUGGAUUAGAUAUGAUAACAUUAGCAAAUACAUUGGGAUUAUCUUUUAACGACUUUGUUUCACCAAUAAAUAUUUACAAAUAUUUCUUUAAAGGAACUGGUAAGAUUGACAAAUGAAAUUUUAAAUAAAUCAACUUAGGGCUGUAAAGUAUUGGUUUUGCCAGUUUUAGGCAAAUUGGUGCUAAUGGUUUAUUUUAAGAAUGGCCCUUAAUAAAUUAAAUAUCUUCAGGUGUUUGGACACAUCCAGGAUGUGAAGCAAUUGGUUUGUUACGAAUACCAUCAGAUAAUAAAAAUUGUUCUGCAUCAUCUCCAGAUUUACAAUUUAUGCUUUUACCUUUUGGUGUAUCAUCCGAUGCAGGAGCAGUAUAUUUAAAUAAUGUGAAUUUAAAAAAUCAUGUAUGUGUUUCUAAAUAUUUUUAAUGAUAAAUAAUAAAAUAGAAUUUUUUUUAUUUUUUUUUUUAGUUAUGGGAUGAAUAUUUUCAACCUCUUAUAGAACAUCAAGUUAUUACAUUAGCACCUGUAUUAUUACAUCCCAAAAGCAGGGGAUAUGUGACAUUAGAUAUUAAUCAUAAAAUUAUUGUUCAACCAAAUUAUUUACAAAAAUCAGAGGAUAUUCAUGUAUUAAUUCAUGGUAUGAAAUUGGUGAAUAAAUUUACCAAAACAAAAGCAUUAUUAAAAUUUGGUGCCAAGUUUAAUACAAAACAUUUUCCUGGUUGUAAAAACCAUGAAUUUGGAUCAACCAAUUAUUGGGAAUGUUAUAUUAAGCAUAUGACAAUGACUUCUUAUCAUCCUGUUGGAACAUGUAAAAUGGGAAGUAUCAAUGAAAACAGCGUAGUGGACCAUUCAUUGCGGUAGGCACAUUAUAUUGAAAUCAAUUUAACUUAAAAUUAUUUGUUUAUAUCACUAUCACUAUAGUUAUUAUUAUAAAAAUAAUUUUAUUAAGUUUUAUUAGAUUCGGAGCGUAUGUUUGGAUAUGUUCAACUUAUGUUUUCUACCAGAAAUAUUACUCAAAUAAAAAUGACAAGAAAUCAGUUUUUGUUUCUUUUAACACAUAGCCGCUGACAGAGAAAAUUGUUUUUUAAUAUCUCAAAUAUUUUUAUUAAUAAUUGGUAAUUAAUAAGUUAAAAUCAAAUUUUGAAGAAACUUAUAAUUAUUAUGUCCUUUCAAAACAUGUAUAACCGAACUUCGCUCCGAAUCGUUAUUUGUUAUCAAUGGAUUAUCAUUUGUCACAAGUAUAAAUUAAAUAAUUGUAUGUAUCCCACCUUCCCUACUAUACAUCAAUAACAGUGGCUGUACCCGUUCCCAGUAUCAACUUUCAAUUUUUUUUUUUUUUAGAGUACAUAAAUUAAACAAAUUAUAUGUGGUUGAUGCAUCUAUAAUGCCUUCUAUGCCCAGUGGCAAUACAAAUGCUGUUGUUGCAAUGAUAGCUGAAAAAGGAGCUGAUCUCAUAAAAAAAGAUUGUUAUGAAAAACUUAAAAAAUGUAAAAUCACAGAAUUGUUUUAUGGUUCACGUAUUUUAAAUAUUUCUUAAUUUGUUUUCGUAACCACUAUUUUUUGAUUUUUAUAAAUGUUUAUAAUAUAAACAUUUAUAGUGUGUAUAAUAUAUUAAACACUAAAUGUAUACUCUUGUUUGAAAUAAUAUAAUGAAAAUAAAAAUAAAAUGAAUUUUUUUUACCUUUUUUUUUUUAAGAAAGCUGAACAAUUAAUGUUCAGAAGUUUCAAGAGUUUCAACUGUUUUUCCACGUUUUUUGUGUCGCCAGCUCGUACCUGUAUUUGGUCGUCUGAUAGCUGAUUUUUGUAAGCUGCUAAAUGGCUGGUCGAACACCCAAGUAGGUAUAUUAGAGAAUUCCGUACGAGGAAAUUUAUAACAAUUAGUAAAGUAUUUAACAAAUGUUAUUUCAUUUGAUAAACAUUGCAUGGAUGUCCAUGUAUGGUAUACUAGUAAUGGAAACCGGGUGGUCCAAUAUUCUAAAAAUGUAUCUGGAAUAUCACCCAAUAAUUUCUGAGUAUCUAAGGACAGUUCUCGAAAAUGAUGUUUCUAAAAAUAAUAUAAAUUACAAAAUUGAAUUAUUAUAUUUAUUUAAUGUUAGUAAUACUAACUUUAUUUCGAAAUGCUCUCAACAAGUCCCUUAUACUAUCUGUUCUGUAUGUUCGGUAUUUCCUUAAUUCUGAAGUUAUUACUGGAUCAAUUUGAUCGUGCCAGCCAUCCCUUCCAAAAACUCCAUCACCUCCUUUUUCAAGUUCAAGCAUUACAGGGCUCGUUGAAAGUUCUUUUUCGACACGAUCACUAACAUCCUACAAGUAUAAAUAUAUAGAGAUUGCUUGCAAUGUAUUUAAAUAAAAAUAAAUACUUGAAGAAAAGAUAGUAACGUAGAGCUGUCCCAAAAUGCUGGAUAAUAACGAACAGCAGAAGCAGUGGGUCUAUCUUCGGGAUUUCGACUUAUCAUGACAGAUAUCAAACGUUUCCAAACUUCAUUAUCAUUUAAUGCAUCAAGACUAUAUUAUACAUAAAUGUUAAUUUAAAUGAAAUAAUAUUUUAAAAUUGUUUGUAAUUUUUACCAAGGUACUUGACGUUUGUCCAAUAUUUUAGCUUGACGCCACAAUGAUUCACCAAAUGGAUGUUUUCCAUCACUGAGAAUAUAGUAAAACAAACAACCCAUUGAAAAAAUAUCAAUAGAUUUAGUCUAAAAAAAAAUAAAAUUGUUAAAAAAAUUAUUGAUCAAAUAAAAAAAAUAUUCUUACAACAGAUGCGUUAUUAGCAAACAUUUCAGGUGCUAUCCAGCCAUCAGUUCCAGUAACACCGGAACGUUUUGAAAACGACAUUUUACCACCCUGUAAUUUUUUACAUAACCCAAAAUCACUUAUUAGUGCUCGAACACUACUAAAACUACCAUUUCCACGUGAUGGUAUUGACAAUAAUACAUUAUGUGGUUUUAUGUCCCUGUGAACUAUUAAAUUAUGUUAAUUAAUAAUAUAUGUAAAUAAGUCUUAUUUUACAAUAUUUUUUACCUAUUCCUAGUGAAUGAAGGUGCUGCAGACCUUUAAUUGACUGAGAUAAAAUUUCUUUUGGACUAAUUUCAUGUCUUAAUUGAUUUUUUUCUACAUAAUCCUAAACAAAAUUUAAACAUUUAAGAACAAUUCUUUGAUCAGAUGAACAAACUAAUUAUCAACUAACUUCUAGAGUUGCUGCACAUAAUUCGAGUGCAAUAUACCGAAAUUGUUUGUCUUGUUCUGUACAAUAAUAACGGACAACAUUUGGAUGAUAAUCAGACUCUCGGAGAAUAUGCACUUCUCUUUCACCAGCGAUAAAGCACUCUGGCAACAAUCGUUUAACAGCAACAGGUCUACAUUCAAACUCUCCUCU